UAACGUUAUGGUCGUCGGAAAUAGUAUACUGUACACACCGUUGUCCACCCACACUCUCUCUCUCUGAUUCUCAGUUCCUCUCUCCCCGUGUCUCGGACUCUCUCUGAAGGCACAGCAGCAAAUCGCAGCAGUAAUCUCAGUUGAACAAAAUUCUCGGCAUUCUUAAGUAGGACGAUGUGAAGCAGAUCCACAUCUCCAUCCGAAGAAGCUCUUCGGUCUCUCUCUCUCUCUCGAUCUCUCCGAAACCUUACAAAACAUAAAAACAUUAUUUUUUGAUCGAGGAUCAAAGGACUGCUCGUCGUGAGUGGAUCAUGGCCGCUGUUGAGAAUGCUGGGGUGGCGUUGGGGCUGAGCGUGGGCUCCUCGAGCCGAAGCUUCGAUUCUCCACAAGAAUCAGGUGGUGCAGCUUCGGCACCUUCGCCAUCAUUCAAUGGUCACGAUCAGACCAACCACAGCCACGUUCGACACCUUAGCGACUCCCACAGCUCACACAACAACAGCGACGGCCCGAUUCUGAUGCCCCAUCACGAUCAGCCGCUCUACAUUACGGCCCCGGCGCACGUUAACGGAGGCCACAUGCCCCAGCAGAGCUUCGAUGUGAAGAUCGGGGCCCCCCGAUCCAACGGCGGGGAUUUGGAGAGGAAUGGGGACGCUAUGGCCGGCGGCGGAGAGAGCCUCAACCGGGACAUGAGGGAGUUGCAGGAGCUGUUCUCGAAGCUGAACCCCAUGGCCAAGGAGUUUGUGCCUCUAUCGCUGGUGGGUUUGAAUGGUGGGUUCUACGCUAAUAACUUGGAAAUGCAAGGCAACAACAGGAAUGGAUUUGUUAACGGCAACGCCGGCCGACGGAGGAAAAAUUAUAAUCAAGGGAAACGGAGGCUGAACACCAGGACAAGUUUGGCUCAGCGAGAGGAGUCCAUUCGGAGGACUGUGUAUGUGUCUGACAUUGAUCAACAGGUCACUGAAGAACAGCUUGCAGCUCUGUUUGUCAACUGUGGACAGGUUGUUGACUGUCGUAUAUGUGGUGACCCCAAUUCUGUUCUUCGUUUUGCCUUUGUUGAGUUUACUGAUGAAGAAGGUGCAAUGGCUGCUUUAAAUCUGUCAGGGACAAUGCUUGGAUUCUACCCUGUGAGAGUGCUGCCUUCUAAAACAGCUAUUGCACCAGUUAACCCGACUUUUUUGCCUAGGACUGAAGAUGAACGUGAGAUGUGUGCAAGAACUAUAUAUUGUACAAAUAUUGACAAAAAGGUUUCUCAAGCUGAUGUUAAACUCUUUUUUGAAUCAGUAUGCGGAGAGGUUUAUCGCUUGAGGCUACUAGGGGACUAUAACCAUUCCACUCGCAUUGCUUUUGUUGAGUUUGUUAUGGCUGAAAGUGCAAUUGCCGCUCUAAACUGUAGUGGUGUGGUUCUGGGUUCCCUGCCGAUAAGGGUAAGCCCAUCAAAGACGCCCGUCCGUCCUCGUGCUCCUCGUCUUCCCAUACAUUAAACACCUCCGGCUCUCCCAACUGAUUCACUGUUCUGGUUUAUAUAUAUAUAUAUAUAUAUUCAAAUACACACACACACAUCCCAUGUAAAGAUGUUUUCCAUCUCUGGUCUGUCUAUUCCUCUGCUUCGAUGGUGUGCCAUCUUUUGUUAUCAUAGGGUUCAUGCUUUUGUCUAUCCUAGCAUAUGUAGAGUUGGACAGGACCUCGGAGGCCUUGGAAGAUUUUAUAUAUACUGCUCAUUACUA